UUUCUCUCGUUCAUGGUUCUCUCUGGAGCUCGCCAGACGUUUGAAUCGAAGGAGCGGUGGUAGUAGUGGAAUCUCUUCGAUUUCACCGCGCGAUGCUUCGAAGGUGUAUAUGGGAGCUGUCCUCAGCUCGAUCGGUGCAUAGGCGGCUCACAUCUCAGAUGCCUUUUCUGCUUUCUGCAAGAAACGGGUUCUCAAAUACAUCUCAACGUGAUCAAUCCCAGAGACCUGCUCCUCCAGGAAAAAUUUCUGCUGAAGAGCCAUCUCAUCGAGGGAACGCUGGUUCUAAACUUGUGCUUGGCACUGUUGUCUUUGGUGUUGCUCUUCUUGCUGCUUAUCAAACUGGUUACAUAGAUCAAUUUUUUCAAAAGGGAGAACAAUCUUCGGCCAAAUCUACGACAUUUGACUCCAUAAAGGCACCUGAGGACUUGAAACAAUCAGUUCAUGAGGAGGCCCUUCUAAGUGAUGAAAAGACAAGCACAGCAAUGCCUAAUGCUGAUAUUGUUGAGGAUAAAGACAGAAAUGAACACCUUAAAGUCUUGAAAGAUAUCACAGAGGAUGUAGUUAAAGAGAAAGCACCAGAGGAAGGGAGAAUUCCUGUCGAAGUCAAUGAGUCAGCACAAAUUGCUCAUGAGACUCUGGAACCAGCAGCAGAACAAACUAUGGAUCCCCAGAUAGCUUCUGAUGACAGUUUGAUUGUUAACAAUAAGGAUUCCGUGAAGCAAAAUGAGAUGACUGAAUCUGAAAGUUCUACAGAACAAAAUGACAGGAUUGAUAGUUCAACCCAUGUUUCUGAAGAAACUGGGAUCACGAAUGCUUCACAUGAAGGCAUGACUAUAGAAACUCCAAAGGUUUCAAUUGAUGAGGAGAAGGUACAGAAACCCCUUGCUCACUCAUACUCACUGCAAGAGGAUGAACUUCCAGAUGUCUCUGUAAACCAAGAGAGAGCUGGUGCUUUUUUGACAACAGCUGAAGAUAAAGAGGAUCCAAAAGACAUCAACAAACCAGAAGAUGGCAGGAUAUUGCUUGAUUUGAUAGAUGCUAUUCAUGCUGCUGAAAAAAAGCAGGCUGAGACAGAUGCUUUUAUAUUUGCUGAGGAAAAAAGAAAGCUGAAGGAGAAAUAUGAGAAGGACCUAAAGGAUGCAAGAGCAAGGGAGCUUAUGUAUGCUGAAGAGGCAGCAAUUUUGGAUAAGGAAUUGAACAAAGAAAAAGCUAAGGCUGCGGCUACAAUCAAGUUACUUGAAGAAAAUGCUGAAAAACAUCUUCGGGAGGAACUGCAACAUAAGGAGGAGGAAGCUCAAGAGCUGGUUCAGAAAGUUAAAGAUUUGGCAAAAGCUGAAUUAGCUGCCGCCAUUGCAGCUGAAAAGUCAUCCCAAAUAGAAAGAAUUGCUGAAGCAAACCUUAAUAUAAAUGCGUUAUGUAUGGCUUUCUAUGCAAGAUCUGAAGAAGCCCGACAAUCUCAUUCUAUUCACAAACUUGCUUUGGGAACCCUUGCUCUGGAAGAUGCUUUGUCUCAAGGAUUGCCUAUUAGGGCUGAAAUAGACGCAUUGCAUAAGUCUCUUGAUGGCAUUGAUAGGGAUUCAUUGCUAAGUUUGGCACUUUCAUCUCUUCCAGAAGAAAUCUUAAGCUUUGGAACAUACACCCAAAUGCAAUUAAAUCAGAAGUUUGAUUCCUUGAAAGGAACACUCCGCCAUUUUAGCCUUAUUCCAGCUGGUGGUGGUGGCAUCCUUGCGCAUACUGUGGCUCACAUUGCAUCCUCAAUAAAGAUGAAAGGGGGUGAAGAUGGAGACAACAUCGAAUCACUCAUUUGCAGAGUGGAGAAGUAUCUACUAGAUGGUAACCUCGCCGAAGCAGCGAAUACCUUGGAAGUAGGAGUCCGUGGCAGUGAAGCAGAGGGUGCAGUCAUUGAAUGGGUGAGGCAAGCGAGGAAUCGCGCGAUUGCUGAGCAAGCUCUCGCGGUGCUUCAAUCUUAUGCCUCGUCCAUAACCUUCUCAUAAGCAUGAGAUAAGUGCACUCCCAUCAGUUCACUCUUUCUAUUUUUUGCCUUUAGUUUUAAUAUGAGGAUAAAACCAUGAUAUCGGCUAUCAUGAAUCAACCUCCACAACAAAAUUUAUACAAUGUUGCUGUUCUUACCAUUGGUGAAAAAUUUUGCAAAUUCAUUCCUUUUGAUCACUGGAAGUAGAACUGAUGCCAUCAGGCUAAACAAAUGGCUAAUAAUAAAAGUUUUGUUUUGCAUC